UAUACAGGAGUGCCAACUGAUUAGUUACAACGGCGGGUUGUUUGAAUUUUGCAUAAUUGGCCGAUCUGAAUACUUGUUAUAAUUGCUCAAUUAUUUUGCAAUUCUUGACUAUUAAUUUAUUAUCAAUUUUAAUGAUUUUAAUUCACGCCUUCGUUUCGAUAAUUUGAUGUAUUCUUUAUUAGAUUUAAGAUUUUUAUCUAUGUACAAUUCACUUAUUUACAAUUAAGAAAAAGCGAAAUAGUAGAAUAAAAUAUAUUAGAAAGGGAAAUGAGUAGUUGAGAUGCCAUAAGAAAUAUUUAGUUAGAAGUGUCACAUAUUAAAAAAAAAUCUGUAUACUGAUAAUAAUAAUUUGAUUGCAAAUGAUGUUACUGUAAGGUUGACAACUAUUUGUGCGGAUCUUUAUUAUUUAUGCAAAUCUAAAAGCGAAAAGCAGGAAGUAAAUUAUGAAUAAGUAUAUUAAUGGUUACAAAAAAUAUUCAAAUUAUCUUUCAAAUUAGGCGUAUACAUCAUUGCAUAUCUUUAUGGAUCUACCUAAGCACGAUAGUUUUUAAAGAGAACUGGUUAUGAAAUAAAAAAAGGGCAAUGGUCUCAUGAAAACAUUAGGUGUGCGUAGUGUGUAGUAGUAGGGGUGAACGCGCUGAAGCUAAAGAGCCAAAAGGACGCGCACGGAGCUCUUUUGGCUUCAGUCGUCGUAGACAACUUGAACAGUCAACAUACGGCGGAUGACAACGAUACACCAUGUCGAGACUGAAAUUCACAUUGAGCCUUGCGCUGAUAACGCUAGCCAGUAGCGGUGUCUACGGCAUCCCGUCGGCAUCCGGGGCAGACUGGGAUGUCUCGCCAGCCGACCGCUCCGACUACUACCCGUCCCACCAUCUCGCCUGGAUGCGCUUCGACGAUUCGCCCUUCGUGACACGCGCCAUCAAUCGGCCGAGUCGUCAGCGUCUGCGCACGCCCGUCAAGCGUUCUGUCGACGCUACCGAUCUCGAGCGUCGCGAUGCUCCGGACGUCUCUCUGGAGCAAAUCACCGGAUCCAAGAGCGUACGCGAGGCCAGGAUGCAUCAGGGUUCGCCCGAGACCUGGUCGAAGCAACCGCUCUCGGUACAGUUCCGCAACCGGCCCAGUCUCGACCAGAUGGUACCCGAUCGGUACAGCGACGACGGCCUCGACAGCGACGAAGCCGCAAAUCUGCCGCCGAUGAUCAGGGCACACUAUGCGCCUAAAACCGACUUCGUGACGAGUGGAAGGACCAGGGGAACUCCUGGCAUUGACGGGACCCGACUUCCCCCGCCGGAGGAAAGAGAGUCCAGAGACGUGCCGAUCGCUCGAUCUUACGACGAGUACGACGUGCCGAUCUUUCGUAACAUCGUGAGGGAGCACGACUUUGAUGUGCAGAUUCCGCGCAAUUACUACAACCCCAAUCGUUACAGAUCUCAGCGUGACUACUAUUACCGUGGAGCCGGCGGUACCCAAAAUCCUUACGUCUACGAUCGCUACCGUGACGAGGACGAGGACUACGAGGCUUACGGUAGAUACAGAUCGACGCCUAAACCCAAGAGGAUCAUCUACUACGCUACACUUCCGGAGGUCGUGAGAAAACCGGUGGAUUUGAGGAACUACCAGAGACCCUACGAUCCUCUGGUACGCGGUCCGGAGGCACAAAUCGACGGCGAUAGGAACAGACUGACGCCGAAUGCUGUCGAGCCCAGCCGAAGACCUCUGCGCUAUCCCUACGAUAAUUACGAUAAUUACGUGAAGAGAUCGAGCUAUUACGAUCGCAGGAGGCCUCCUUACGCUGCAGGAGAAGAAGAUCGGCCGAGAGAUCAGGAGAGAAACCGAGGGAGCUACAGGGAGAAAAUGCGCAGUGACGAUCGGAAAUUGGAGAAUCAGAUAGCUCGCUCAGGAGACGAUCGCCGGUUUCCUUGGCCGGUUCAAAUUGGCACCGAAGUCAGCGUCAAGGAUAAUGAGAGGAUUCCCGGGAGGAAAAUUUUCGGUCAAAUAGACGGCUACGAGAGAUACGAGGGAUCCAGGAUCAAGAAGACUUCUGGGAACGCCGAGAGAAAGGAGGAUAUAAACGAAGGCAGUGGUAGCAACAAUAGCAAUAUCAAUAGUGAUAAUAACAAUAACUAGCUUUAGUUAUAGGCAUUUAAUUUAUUUAGGAUGUUUUACGUUCUACAAUUAGUAUCUUAAAAUUAGUAUAGCUCGAUUGAUCGUACGAAUUAUAAUAACUAAAAUUUAUGAAGUAUUUUUUCCAAGUUUUCAACGAAUGCAAUUUGCAAUAUUCAUCAAUAUUUUUAUCUUGGAUUAUAUUUGCAAUCCAGUUAAUUCAUAUUACAUAAAUGAUAAAUAUACGAUGACAAAAAACAGAAAAACUGUAUAUCGAUAAACAAGAAAAUUAAACAUAAAUUGCACUAUUAUACAAAUGAAAAAUUUUAAGGGCCUGCACAUUCUAUUUGUACGAAUCGCGUUUUGAGUUGUUUUUAAUCGACUGAUAGUUGUAUACAAUUCAAGAGUAUGUAAAUGAAAAUGGUAUAAAUAAAAAUCAAGUUUUCUUUA